GUAGCGAGACUUGCUAGCUCGGCUAUAUGUGCACAUGGGUCGUUUGAGCCAUUCCAUGAAUGCUCCCGAGGAUGCAGAUCCGGAGAAGAUGCAAAUUAUCUUUGGUCCAAUUUCUGACAAAAUCAAUGACCGUCCACCUCAAUCUCUUCACAUUUGGACUCGAGAGGGCUCGAAGUUUUUUUUGAGAUGUUUGAGUGCUUGGAGACUCUGGAGCAUUGGACAAGCACAAGAGCUUCGGCGAGCAAACCGCUUGGCUUUGAGUCGACAUUUGCGUUCGCUGCUCCGCUCCUGGAGACGGACCGUUAGAGAGUUGCUGCAAGUCGAAGCUUCUAGGGCGCAAGAGCUGCUGCGGCACCAGGAACGGAAGAAGCUGCGUUAUGUUCGUAGCAUGCUGCACCUCAGGGCAAGUUGCUUCAAGAUGCGGACAUUCAGCUGGACUGCACGGGUUGCUCAACUGGCUCAACUUGCUCUUUUAGAGUGGCACAUGGCAAGUCGAGUCUCUCGACUUGCCCGCUCAGUGUCCCUUAGAGAGAGAAAAGAAAGCUUUAAGAAGGUCCUGAUAUGUUUCAAAACCGCUGUGCGGAAUGGGCAAAGCGCUCGUCGUGUAGCUCAACAGCAGCAUGUGAGGUUGCUAGCUGAUGUGGUUCUGUCUUGGCAGCACGCAGUAAAGCUCAAAGCUGAGCGAACGCAGCUCUUCCAAAGCAAAGCUAAACACUUGAGAAACCUCAGGUUGAGGCAGAACCUUGUGACAUGGCACAAUCAGUUUCAAUUCCUCAAUCGGGAAAGGGUGCGAGAAGCUAGCAUAAGAAGCAAUCGCAGACUCCGCAUGUUGUUGCAUGCUUUUACCUUGCUGAAAGAUGCACGGAAGCUCGCGCAGAAGACUCGAAAGGUACUCCAGAAGCUUAGAACACGUCAGGCUCAGCAGGGUCUGCAAGCAUUGAAGCUGAACGCAGAUCGGUUGAGGAGAAUGCGAGCAGUCUCUAGCAAGCAGAAGUGCUUUGUUUCCCGGAACAGGCUCAAGUCUUGGAAUUUGCUUUACCAUUUUCUUGAAAAAGUCACAAAGUUGGCUGCAACACAACAACUCUUCGCUCAGCAGCUCUUGGCGCUUUGGCUUCACGGUUGCGUAGUGUCGGAGAUUUUUUGCAGUUGGCAAAGUGCUGUCAAGCUUUUGAUCAGAGAAGCUCAAGCAGCGGAGUUUCAUCGGAUGUCUCUAAAACGACAUACGGACUCAGUCUUUCAGGCAUGGCUGGCCAGUGCAGAACGUUUGAAGUUGCAGCGCAGGACAAAGUUGAGGCGGUUUGAGCUUUUGUGGGUGGGUCGUUUCAUACUUGCAUGGCAGGGACACCUUGUAAAUUUGCAUUUGAUUGAACUUCAUCGAAAAGAACAGCUCCUGAAGGCGGCCAGACAGAUUCUUCUGGUUUGGCAGCACAAUUGCCAUGCACUUCGGCAGUUCCGUGUGAUGCAGCUCCGCAAAUCUUUCCAGCUCUGUGCUCCAGCUUUCUGCCUUUGGCGUGUGGUUAGACUGACUGAGUGUAUCAAGAGCACUGCCGAGAGACAAUUGCGAAUCUGGACACUGUCAUCAUGGGCGCAAUGGGCAGCCUUGCGACGGCAAGUAAGGGAUGACGUUGCAUGGCAACGUUGGGCAGAUGGCAUCGUAGAUCUUUUUACCACGCGGAGAUUGCUGCUGGGCCUGCCAACUUGUUUUGCUUCCUGGUCUCAUUUCCAUCGGUUCAGAAAGGCCAGGAUGACCCUGGCUUUCAACAAACAGCUUCAAAAGGACAGGCAGAUUGCGCAGAUCGGCCUUUCAGCUCUGCGACGCAACCUCGCUCUAUCGCGAUUCAGCAAAGUCGAUCGAUUGCUUAGAAGGGUGCAAACGAGUCAGAUGCUUCAGCUGCUUUUGCAUUUGAGGAAGGUUUCUCGGAUCUCUUCCCAAUCUGAUACAGUUGCUGCUCUCCACCGGCGUCUCUGCAAAGUUAGAGCAUUGCGGGGAUUACAUCGCGUCUAUCAACAGAGGCGCUCUUGCACACAGAUGGCAAAGAUCCUGACGUCAAAUCUGCAGCGGUGGAGCCUAACCAAGAUGAGGUAUGUGCAGAACUUGAUGGAUUCCACAUCCUUGGCAGUUGCAGAGGCCUGCCGCCUGCGAUCCUUGACCGUUACCUGGAGCUGUUGGUUGAAGGUUCGGCAGAUUUUGCAUUCGCAG